AUGUUUUUGGACAACCGGGAAAUGUUGCCCACAACUGAAUUUGAUAAUGCCACGGUGGAGGAGUCAGUCGUAGCUAGGUCGAAUCCACCUGUGGUGGACGCAGUUUACACGGCCAUUGCCUGCCUCGCUUUACUCGGUAAUGGUAUGGUUAUCGCCGUCAUGCUGGUCAGACGUAAGGUGUUCAGUUCCUUCACAAAUCGUCUGAUCCUGCACCAGUCAGUCGUAGACUCGGUGGCUGGGGUCAUGUUCUUCCUGCACCAGGUAGUCAAGAAGCCCAACAUCCCUCUGUCGGAGGAGGGAAACUUCUGGGACCAGUUGCUGUGCCGUCUCGUGGAGACGGACAUCCUGCUGUGGUGGGCCAACGUGGCGUCCACGUAUAACCUGGUCAUCAUCGCGCUGGAGCGGUUCGCGGCCACCUGCCACCCUGUGAGGCACCGUCGCACCUGCUCCGGCUCCAGGUUGAGGUACGCCGUGGGCGCGUCCUGGGCGAUGGGCUUCAUCUACACCUUGCCAUCGGCAGCGCUGAGAGAACCACAUCAGGGCCGAUGCAUCAGCGUCCCCCACGGAACAGUGUAUCAAGUUGGGGUUGUAACACACAACACCAUUGAUUACAUUCUCCCCGUGAGCGUAAUGGCCUACACGUACGCGAGAAUACUAAAGGUUCUGACCAAAAAACUGACCAACCAACGGAACGGCUGCCACUUGAGUAGAGCCAAGAAAAACGUCAUAAAAACGUCACUGCUGACGGGCGUCAUGUUCCUCGUGUGCUGGACGCCGACGGCGGCAUUUUCCAUCUACGCGGUGUUCAUUAACAGAUUUUGGGUACUUCACCCAACCUUCUGGAUCGUCUACAGACUGGUCGCCGGUCUUGUUGCCUGUAACGCGUGCGUCAACCCGAUCAUUUACUCCUUCAUGUACAGACAUUUUCGAACCCACCUGAAGGACGUUCUGCUGAAGAGAUGGCACCGAAAUCGAGUACGUGGCGCAGAAUCCGUUCAGAUAGCGACAGCUUCUUGA